CCCCUACAAUUUAUGACAUGAGGUGAAGUAAUAUUAACCUCAAAAAUUCGCAUGUAUAUACAUUUAAUACAUUGUAAUAAUAAUUUUAAUAAUGAGUGAUGUAGAAGAUAUAAAAUCGAAUAAAAAAACUAGAACGAGGAUUCGACGAAAAGUAAAGUUUGAAAAAGAAGUUUUUUCGAAGGAGGAAGCUCAAAAAAUAUUGGAUAAAGAUUCGGAGAAAAAAUAUAAACAAAAACCACCUAAAAAACGUAAAAAAGGACAGGAAGAAGUUAUAAAUAAAACAGAGAGUGGACCUAAAAAGAAGAAAAAUGACUCAGAUGAUUUAAAUAACCUAGAAAAUGAAAAACCCAAAAAGAAAAAGAAGAAAUCGAAAGUUGAACCAAAUCUUGAAGAAAUUUCGUCAAAAGAUGACCAAGAUCUUGAAACAGAUGACUUAAACCAGGCAGAUUCACCAGAAGAAUCUAAAAAAACCGAAUCGAUACGAUCAAGGAAACGAAAAAAAUACCAACUUUUGUUAGAGGAGAAAAAGUUAAAAUCAGAAUUAAAUUUACAACAAAAAUGUUUGAAUUAUUUAUCACAAUGGAAACAUAGUAAAGAUACGUGGAAAUUUGAAAAAUUAAAGCAAGUUUGGAUUCAACAAAACAUGUUUAAUCAAGUUAAAAUUCCUGAUGAAGCUUGGGAAAUUGUUGUGGAUUAUUUUAAUAAUUCUAAAGGAAAAAUUAAGUCUACCGUGAUUGCUGGGGCUUUAAAAAUUAUCGAAGAAAAUAAAAAUGUUGAGGAAAAUGAGGAUAAUGAUGAUGAUAGUGAAGUUAUGUAUAAAAGAGCUAGGUUUAUUAUACAAAAUAUACAAGAAUAAAUUUAGUUUUAUGUACAAUUUAAUUA